UGUUGUAAACAAGACUACAUUAAUAAAAAAUUAAAAAUAUUAAAAAAGAAUCGAGUCAUUUUGUAUUCAAUAAUAAAGGAGAUAUAAAAAGUAAAAAAAACCUGGAAUCUUUCGCAUAAAAAUAAAGAAAUAUUAAUAAAUAUCAGCAAAGAUAAUCAAAGAAUAAAAGAAUUCAAAACAUUAAAUCCAGCAGUAGUCCUUAAAUGGCAGAGGGAGAAAUCACUUUGGAAGUGGCUAAAAUAACUCCCAUGAUGUCAGCGGGUACAAAUAUUGAUUGGUUACUACAUAUAUACUUUGCUCGCAAAGAUUUCGAACGUUGCAAAAAACUAAUAGACCGUGAACUGUACAGACACUUAAAUCCGGAGUAUCUCUAUUUUGUUAAGGGUUUAAUAGACCGUGAGGAAGGCAACAACAUUGAAGCUUUGCGAAAUUUACAAAAAUCCUUGGAAUUAAAUUCUCAGAAUAUUGAGAUUUACAAAGAAAUUGGAAAAACAUUAUUCAUGAUGGGACGUUACAAUCAAUCUCUGAGUAUAUUUCGCGAAGCUGAAGAACUAUCAACACGUUUGGAUCAUGAAAUUUUCCAUUUCAUUGGUGAAUUAUUAUUACGUUCGGCAGCAGCGCGCAAUCAAUAUGAAUUGGCACAUCAAGAGGAAUUAGAAGCAAAAACAUAUUUUCAAAAAGCCGUACAAACUGGAAAAAAACUUGAAAGUUUUCAACGUUUAGCUGAAAUACAUCGUAAGGAAAAGGAAUACAAUAAAGCCAUUGAGGUGCUGGAAAACUGUUUGCUUCUAUCGCCUGAAAAUACAGAUGUUUUGACAGAAAUUGGUGUUUUAUAUUUAAAGCUUAACGAAACACAAAAGGCAUUUGAUCGCCUAUUAGAAGUCAUACAAUUCGAUAAAAAUUGUUUACGUGGUUUAAUGGCAUUCGGUGCCAUUUUACAGUCCCGCAACGAUGUUGAUGGUGCCUUGGGAAAAUAUAGAGAGAUUGCUGCCCUUAAGCCAGACAUUGCUGAAUUAUGGAAUAAUAUUGGUUUGUGUUUUUUCAAAAAACAAAAAUUGAUUGUGGCUAUUUCAUCAUUAAGAAAAGCAAUUUGGCUUUCGCCUUUAAAUUACAACGCACUUUACAAUUUAAGUUUAAUUUAUAUAACGGAAAAAACCAUCUCUUAUAACGAAAUCGGUUAUUAUGAAACACCGUAUUAA